AUGGCGACUUUCGGGGCACGCUUCUACUUUUUGUCGGCGGCUUUUAUCGCGUAUGUGGCGUACAUCGUCACUGACGGGUUCGAUGUAGACCUUCGGGCUUUGUUUAGGAAUCAGGUAGCGGAUAGGAGAAGAGCGCUCGAAAUCGAGGAGGAGAUCAUCGAACAAGGCCAGAAUAUAAUUCACGAGUUUUGUGGUGGUAUGGGUGAUUGUUAUAAAGUCGUCGAUCGAGCGUAUAGGCAUGGAGAAAACCUAAAAGUCCAACGCGACAUCGUGCCCGACAAAAUUCAAACGGCUUCCCUGUCGCAGGCUAUGUUAGUUGUACCAGAUUUCUUAACGGAUGACAAUGCAAACAGCGCUACUUGGGAUAUCGAUCGCAAAACGUUGAUAACGCCGUAUGUGAUGGUGAUGAUUGCUAGCGGGUAUAUGAUAGAGGCCUUAUCCUUCACGAGAAGUCACAAUAAAGUUAUCGCAUUCGGGUUGGGCGGUGGUGCCAUGCAGAAUUAUCUUUUUCAAUUUCCGAAGGCAAAGAUUGACGUGCUAACCGUCGAAAUCGAUCCCGACAUGGUCGAAGUGGCGAAGAAAUUUUACGGUUAUGUGCCAACAGAGUCGAAUCGGAUUGAGAUUACGGAUGGGAUUGUUUAUGCUAAGGAAGCGUUAGCUAGAGGGGAAUUAUAUGAUUUUAUCGUCCUCGACGCAUGCUCUAACGAUAAGAAAAAUGUGGUCAUUUGUCCGAUUGAGGGUUUCCGGAAUGAAGAAACAAUAUCGACAAUGGCACAGAUCGUCAAUCCUACAGGCGGUCUCGUCGCGAAUAUCGUAGCUUACGAGAAUCCCGAUUUCAAAGAGGAAGAGAUACGCAAACUGUUCUCAAAAUAUUUCGCAUCGUGCUUCUUGAUGAAGUAUCUACCGGAGCAAAGGAUGCUAAUCUGCUCCCAUCGACCGGAAUGGACCUUGAAAACACAGCGCAAGAAGUUCCUUGCAAAUCUGAGGACCCAGCAAGAAAAAUUGGGCAUUCGGGAGGUGCUCUUCAUUUGCGUGGCCGGCUGUCGGGUAGAAGAAGAGCUGUCUUCUGACCGGUUCAGGAAAUGGCUAGCCGAGACCGUCGAGCAUUCGAAAGAUCUUAAAGGAAUCUUCCUGCUCGGUUGGCUUGAAGGUCGUGAAGUAGACUUGCAGAGGAAAACUGCAAUCAGACCCAAAGAUCAAGAAGCCGUCAAACCAUUCCUUGACUUAAUUGAAGAUAAUUGUCUCACCAAUCUAUGGAUCCACCGCCAGAACUGUUUCUUGUUGAGCGCGCAGGACUUCCAAGUGCAAGUCCACCACGAAGUAUUCACCCAACGGAUGGGCGAAGAAUUUAAGAACGAUCCGAUUCUCUUUCGGUUGAAAGAAGUUGAUACAGUAUCACGGCCGUGGAGCAUUUUGGAAUCUGCCAUCGACCGAAUUAAAGAAGUCAGCCUCAAGGAUGAACCCCCGGAAUAU